AUGUCGUGGACUGAACAGCGUGACGGCUCCUGGAGUCGGCCACUUGACUGCCAUGAUCGACUCUUCCAGUUUAUUGGCGACCAGGCCAAGCCGCUGGAUCGCGAGCACUGGCUGCUCGUGGGGAAUGUGCGGCUCAAGCUGUCCCCCACGAAGGCGGACUCGAUAGCGGACGAGCUCCGCCAGGCGUGGAAACGACUGCGUUUGCAACACCCCGACAUUGCCCUCGAGCUGGUCGAGGGGAACGAGAAGCGGUACCUCCCCGUGCAUAGCCAACAGGCCCUCCACGCCUGGAGCGACGCUACUUUUCGCAUCGAGUCCGACGUGCCGUCCGCCGAUCAUUUCUUCACUCAUCGGCUGCGACGCGCCGACCCUCAAGCCACCUGCCACUGGGUCCCGGCUAGCUGCGAACUGGUUCUCGUCUCCCAGCACUGGCGCUGGGACGGAUGUGGUCUUCUCAUGAUGCUCCACGAGCUGCUGGCUCAGCUGGAGCAUCCACCCUCGGCCCCAACAGCCUCCGUCGACUUGGACGGCCGCGAGGCUGCCCGCCUGGUCCCAUCUCUCGAUGUCGUCCUGGGCAUGCCGGAGAUCGAGAAAGAGGACAAGACCCGUGCGCUCGGCUGGGACAAACAAGCUGACGACCUCCUCGGCAAGUUCAUCGCCGGGAUACCAUCCAUCGGGGUUUACAAGGCUCCCUCGUCCUCCUCCGAUGCGCCUUCGCCAGUGCCGCAGCUCCCCGGAAAGACGAUCCGAGUCGAGCAAGUCAUCCCACGAGAGCUCACAGCCUCCAUCCGACGAGCCGCCCGCUCACGACACAACGUAACGGUGACCAGUGCGGUGCACGCAUCAGCGAUCGUCGCGACGGUGCGCGCCAACCCAACCUCCCCGGCCACACGCUUCACCUCCUGGGCGAUGUUCGAUCUUCGAAAACACUGUCCUGCGCCCUUCGACGGGCCCCUACAUGCCCCCUCCCUCCGCACCUUUGGCCUCCCCAUCAACCUCGACGCCCGUGCCCCCUGGCCCGAUCUGGCACACGCCCUGCAAACCAUCUACCACGAGCAGCCGUGGACACCCCCUGAUAGCGACCUGCUGUACAAUCGGGUCCCCUACAUCAACAAGGUAAUCACCAUGCUCGCGACACCCCCGCCCCCCGACCUGCCUCCGGCUUCGGAACCCAGCAUCAGCAGUCUCGGCGUGCUAGACCGCUACGUCAAACCUCGCUACGCAGACGACGUCGACGUCGCGGACGUCUCGGUGGCCGUGCAUCAGCUGUCGCCGCAGCUGUACGUCCACGUGUGGAGCUGGGAUGGGGAAAUGCACCUCUCGACGUGCUUUAAUGAGACGUACCACGAGCGGGAGUUUGUGACGGAGUGGCUGGCGGAUGUGGUGGGGAUUCUGGUGGAGAAUCUCCUUUCUUAA